UCUGCGUCUCUUGUUUUCUCUGGACUCCACUUUGUUAACUACAUGUGAUUGGCUACAGAUUCACAGGUGGGUUCCUGGGAACUUGGCAGAGCUGUUUCUCACUUGUUUCUCAGCUCCGGUCCCUCCUCCUCUUCCCCCCUCUCCUCCUCCUCCUCCUCCUCCUCCUCAUAGAAACUCUAUCAGCUCAGCCCCGCUGUACUUCAGAAGCGCUCGCUGCCGCCGCGCACUCGACCACACAGUAACUUCACUGUCUGCUGCUCCACCUCUGCUUUCCCAAACUUUAUUUAGUUUCGAUGCCACGCUGGAUUAAGCCCACUAACUUUCGGCUGGAGAAGAAAGUGGUUUUCCCGACAGCGCAGGUACAAUGACCGCAGUCUGCAGUAGAGCGACCGACUAGAGGGGGUGAAAUCAGUUUGCUACAGGGCUGCAGUGUUUCCCCUGUGACCUGUGUGUUUGGUCAGACAGGGAAGAGGACGCAGGCACGUUGCAACCAUGGAUAUCGGCAAUGAUGUAGAUCUGUCCAAUAAUAACAUCACUCCUUUGUGGAAACGUCGCACAGACAAUUGUAAAAAACCCCAGGAGUCGAGUAAACCCAAACUGCGACCCCUCAGUUACCACACAAAUGGGAUGAUGACGACCGACUUCCCUGUGGAGGACAACAAGUGUUCCUUCACCUUGAGCCAACCUGCUGAGAGACUGGUGGUCACACCCCCGUGUUCAGGCAGGAACACCGUGGUGUUGAAGCACAUUCUGCACAAACCCUCCAAGUCCAAAUCCCGAGUUGUCAGAAGCAUCAGCAUCGGACAUUUCUCCAACGGACGCUUCUCACUGUCCAAAUUUAGGUCUGAGGAUAGCAGAUCUGCUUCACUGGACAACAGAGUGCGUAAUGGAGACUGUGACAGGGGGAAAACCAGUAAUGGAGAGACAGUAUGGGUUGAAAAGCGUCUCCUGGACUCCCAGAAACGCAUGUCCAGUCCGUUCGGUCUGAGCUCACAGAAAGACCAGAUAGCAUUUGGGACGAGUUCAGCCUCACCUGAAGCUGCUGCUCUGAUGAACCGUUCCUCUCCUGUCGCGUCUCAGCGCACCCCUGACAACAACAACUACAACCACCAUGAACUGUUUUCCCUUUCCUCUGCAUCCAGCCCCUCUCCCCCAGCCUGCCGUACUCCUACCCCCUCCCAAGGCUCCACCUCCAGCAUCCCCUCCCUCUCUUCCCUCAACUCCUCAGACCCCCCGACCCCACGCUCCCCAUCACCGGCCGACAGAGCACAGGCUCUCCUCAGACAGUCCUCAUCCUCGCCUGCAUCCUCGCAGGACACCAGGCUUGCCUCUUCCUCCUCUUCCAUCUCUUCCCCCUCCCCCUCUCCCUCUCUUUCUCCGUCUGUAACUCCCUCCAUCGUCCUCAGCACCCACAGUCCAGCUGCCCUGAAGAUGGGCACCCAGCAGCUCAUUCCCAAGGGUUUAGCAUCUGAUGUUCGGCAGAACAAGGCGCCUCCCUGUGGGCAGCAAGGCCAAGGUUUGGCAGGGCGGCUGGGGUUGGAUCAUUCCAAGAGAGCUUUGAAAGCCCUCAGCAUGGUGGAGACAGGAGCCUACUUUUCCACAGGAGGGGACUGCACUGAGGGGACAGAGGGAGAAAGUGAGAGCCCGGGGACACUCAGGAGAGGCUUGAGGAGUACAUCUUAUAGGAGGGCUGUUGUGAGCGGAGUAGACCUGGAGGUCCCAUGCGUAGAUCUCAAGGUCCAUCGGUUGUCGCAGCCUGUCAUCAAAGGGCUCGACAGGGAAAAUCCAGUUUCACCAGUGAGCCAGGCCAGUCCUGGCACUGUAAGCCUCACUAGCCCUGGUGCAGCCAAGCCUGCGAGUCCUAGGACACCGAAACUGGCCAGUCCUGGGACACCGAAACCUGCGAGCCCUGGGACAUCGAAACCUGCGAGCCCUGGGACAACGAAACCUGCGAGUCCCGGGACACCCAAACCUGCGAGUCCUGGGACACCCAAGCCUGCGAGCCCUGGGACACCCAAACUUGUAAGUCGGGGGACACCCAAACCUGCCAGCCCCAGGAUUUCAAAGCCUUGUAUUCCUGGGACAGAAAAGCCUACCAGCACUGGCAAAAACAAGAGUUCAGAUAAGAAGAAACUUUUGAUCUCCCAACGGACAUUUGACAGUGAGGAGGAGGAGCUGUAUCAGAACUACCAGGAGAAGGCCUUGCAUAAUGAUUCAGAUGAAGAUGCUGAUUCCAAAGAACCCAGUGCUGAUAACGGCAUCGUUGUGCAGUAUAGACCCAUACGCACCUCCUGGAGCCAGCUCAGUGUGGUCAAGAAAAGUGGUCUGUCUGAGCUGAUGAGUCAGGAGGAACGCAAAAGACAAGAGGCCAUAUUCGAGGUGAUCUCGUCGGAGCACUCUUAUCUCCACAGUCUGGAGAUCCUGAUCCGUAUGUUCAAGAACUCUGCAGAGCUCAGCGAGGCCAUGACCAAGACCGAACACCACCACCUCUUCUCCAACAUCACUGACGUCUGUGAGGCGAGCAAGAAGUUCUUUAAGGAAUUGGAGGAAAAGCACCAACAGAACAUAGUGAUCGACGACAUCAGCAACAUCGUCUGCAGGCACGCUCAGUCCAACUUUGAUCCUUACGUCACCUACUGCUCCAAUGAGGUCUACCAGCAGAGAACCCUGCAGAGGCUGGUGUCCAAGAAUCCAGCUUUUAAGGAGGUGCUGACCAGGAUAGAGGGCCACCCAGACUGCAGGAACCUCCCCAUGAUCUCCUUCCUCAUCCUGCCCAUGCAGAGGAUCACUCGUCUGCCCCUGCUCAUGGAUACAAUUUGUCAGAAGACGCCUAAAGACUCGACACAAUAUGAGGAGUGUAAGAAGGCUUUACAAGCGGUCAGCAAGGUGGUCAGAAAGUGUAACGAAGGAGCUCGCACAAUGGAGAGAACGGAAAUGAUGUACACCAUCAACUCUCAGCUGGAGUUCAAGAUUAAGCCGUUCCCCCUGGUCUCAUCCUCCAGGUGGAUGGUAAAGAGAGGAGAGCUGACAGCCUUUGUGGAAGACAACGGCAUCUUCCUCAAGCGGACGUCACGGCAACAGGUCUAUUUCUUCCUCUUCAACGACGUCCUCAUUGUGACCAGGAAGAAGAGUGAGGAGAGUUACACUGUGAUAGACUACGCUCUGAGGGACCAGAUCUGGGUGGGUUCCUGCCAGCCCGAGGAUCUCAACCUGUCACCGGUCAGGAGCACCACCAGCAUGCUUAGCUCCCGGCAAGCCGGCGCCAACCAUCUUUUCUGUCUGCGUUUCCGUAGCAACCACUCCGGUGAAAAGGUGCCCAUGAUCCUGGGGACGGAGUUGCAAAAUGAGCGUGCUCGAUGGAUCAGUGCUCUGGGCCAGAGUGUCAACAACAAGAAGAGUCAGGACAGAAUCAAUGCCAUGCAGAUGGAGGUGAUCAGAACUUACACAGCCAAGCAACCAGAUGAAUUGUCCCUGCAGGUGGCUGAUGUGGUGCUGGUCUCGCAGACUGUAGAAGACGGCUGGUGUGAAGGUGAGCGAUUGCGUGAUGGAGAAAGAGGGUGGUUCCUUGCCGAGUGUGCCGAACCAAUCACAUGUCAGGCCACCAUCGAGCGUAACGUGCAGAGGAUGGACCGCCUGCAGGGGCUGGAGACUAAUGUGUGAGCAGAACGAGCCAGCUGUUUAAACCACAGAGGGCUUUCCUCAGCUGUUGGCGACCCUUUGACACACAAGUGACCUGCCUUUUUAAGCAGUGAACCCAGACAAAUGAGGUCAGUAACAGCAUCACUGACAUUCCUUCAGGGACCAAGUGGAGCAGUAUGGGAGCUGCGUGGCUGCUGCACCCUUUACAAGUGGGAUAAAAUGAAGCCAUAAUUCAGACUUCUGCUUGGCAUCCACUAAAUCUCAGGCAUACUCUCUGAGUUUCAAAACAAAGACUGAGUUCAGAACAAAACCAAUGGAAGGACAGAGAUUUCCUUAAGUACUGAUCAGUCCUCGUGUGGGUGGGAUGGCUUGACAGUGGGAUCUGUCAAAUUCAUUCAUUUCCCCAGUCGGUUUGAAAAUUUAACUCCCGCAGCCAAAGUCACUGCUUUCCACAGCCUGCUACAAAACUGUUGGGGUCAAAUUUGUACAUGUUUUUUCAAGCAUAUUUUUUGAGCAUAAUUGAUGUGCUGUGACUACAGUACCGCUAUAGGAGGUAAGGUAGACCAAAUAGUGUGAAACUGACAGCAGCCUGUUGCUCUGUUAAUGAGGCUCAGGCCAUGUGAUUAGGAGCUUUGCCAGUAACAAUGUAACUAUGAAGAUGUUGAUUGAGAAGGUGAUAUUAAGGCAAGGUGGUGACAUUAGCAACUUCUUUACAGUGUGGGUUAGUGUAGAAUGUUUCAGUAGCAUCUGAUGGCAGGUGAAACUGUUACAGCAAUAUUUACAACAAUAUAUUAUAGUGUAUGUUGAAAUGCAAAGAAAUUAAUACUUGUCUGAAACCUGAGGCACUUUGUGUAAAUAGAAUAAGUCAUAAUUAAUUGGAUAAUAUCAAGAAUUACAGUCAUUUAGGAAGUAUAACCUCAUAUGUCAUCCGUAUGGUUAAGCAGAUGGGCCGAGUAUCUGUUUUCUACCUUGCCGUUUGUCACCAGUUAAUGUCGCCCUCAUAAUUCAGACUCCACAUUUGUGACACAAUUACCAUUACUCUCUCCAGCCACUCGAUGAUUUGAUGCCAGCUAGAGGUGUAUAUAUAAAUACCCUCCUUAGGAUUUAUAUCUGUGAUGUUACAAAGGCAAGAUGAAAUUAAUUUGUGUGCUGAUGGUAAGAGACGAGCGGCCCUGCCUGGCCCUGCUUUUAAUUUGAUUGUCCACUGUGAGUCAUCUUUUUAGUGUUGCCAUGUCCAGCUAAAGGAAAUGAAUGGCGUGGUCAGAGUCUGGUGAUAACACCAUAUAUCAAGCCCACUGCUCUGUGUAUGACAGUAGUGGGCAAAGCAUCCUACAGGAAGGACAUGAGUAUCUCGACUCUGAAGAUAGCAGACAAAGCUUUGCAUUUGCACUCAGGGAAAAUUAGCUAUGUCAUUAGCUAAGCAUGAAUUGAUCUUUAUUUCAAUCACAUUCUGUACUUGUAACUAUUGUAAAUCAUUUGUGUACAUGUAAAUAUGUAAAAGAGCCUGAAUUGUAACAUGUAUGUUUUUCAAAAUACAGAUUUAUAUUGCAGAAACUUAUUUAGUCAACCUUAUAUAUUUUAAUCAGUCACUAUUAAUAAAAGCUUAAUUGCUUGGG